ACUGCUUUAGAAUUAUUUUGUAAACAUUCGAUAGGUAUAUACUUUAGAAACUACAAUACUUUAUUGUAUUCAGCGUCAGUUAUUUGUUAUUAGUAUCAACAUGGAAUCGAUUUUGAGCUGUCGUUAUUCUACCCUAGGCUAACUUCGCUAAGGCUAAGCCGCUGACUACAGUCUCUGAUCUUUGCACAAUAUCCAGUACUACAAUCCUUAACGUCAAAUGAUUCUUUAAUUUGACAAUUUCUCAACAAGCCAGCGUGAAAAGAUGCCUGGCAAGCUGAAGAUAAGGAUUGUCGCUGCUCGCAGCUUGCCGGUAAUGGACCGAGCAAGUGAUCUGACAGAUGCUUUUGUUGAGGUGAGGUUUGCAAAUGAGACGUACAAGACUGAUGUGUUCCGCAAGUCACUGAACCCUCAGUGGAAUUCAGACUGGUUUAAAUUUGAGGUGGAUGAUGAAGUCCUGCAGGACGAAGCAUUGGAAUUAAGGGUAUUGGAUUAUGACACAUACUCUGCCCAUGAUGUCAUUGGUAAGGUGUAUGUCGAUCUUAAGCCAUUGCUGACCAGAACUGACCCUCACAUCAUCAGUGGAUGGUUUCCUAUCUAUGAUACCAUGCAUGGUGUGAGAGGUGAGCUCAAUGUUUUGGUGAAGGUGGAACUAUUCACAGAUUUCAACAAGUUCAGGCAGUCCUCUUGUGGGAUUCAGUUCUUCUGCACUGCUGAACUUCCAGCCAAUCAUCGACUGCUGUGUAUUAUGGGGUUCGUGGAGGAACUUGUCGUCAAUGAUGACCCUGAAUAUCAAUGGAUUGACAAAAUACGUACACCGCGGGCUUCCAACGAGGCACGGCAGAAACUCUUCUCAAAACUCUCUGGAGAGUUGCAGAGAAAAAUUGGAGUGAAAGUCCUUGAACUUGGUGGUAAUGCUGUUAUUGGAUAUCAGCAAUGUUUUGACUUGGAGGGUGAAUCCGGGAUUGUAGUUCGAGGUAUCGGGACUGCUGUUACACUCACAAAAAUCUCAGGACAAAUGUCGCCUCAUGGAAUUUCACCACAUAGAGACAUGAGACGUGUUAGCUUCCAUCGGACUAGUCCCAGGAAUCAUCUUCAAGCGACCACGUCGCCAUCAACAUCUCCGAAAACACAAAUAACAUGUGGGUCGCCUCCGCCAUCGGCCCCAGCCUCGUUUCCAGGUUACAGUUUCUUCAGUUUCUCUUCUAGCUCUCCGGUUCCCGAGGACUCUGUCCCCACCAUCUCCCCACCCUGUCCACACAGCCAGCGGCGAUCGGCGUCGCCUGUCCGGGUGGCCAUUCCCACACUCAACCGAAGAUCAUCGGAAUCCGACAUCAACUCGCCUUCCAGAGGAAACAGCUACACUGGCAGCAGUGGCAGCGGUAGUAAUGCUGGAAGUAGUGGUAAGCUGACCUUAGCGAACAAGCUGAAUUGUCAACCAACCAACAUCGAACUGCUUGAGUUUCCUUUCUUUACAAUGACAAAGUUUCCUCCUGGUUUCAUUGUUCAUCUUGGUGGUGUGGUGUCGGCUCGAUCGGUCAAACUUCUUGACAAGAUACACAAUCCAGAGGAGCCUGAAACACGAGACGUGUGGUGGAGUGAGAUUCGAAUGGAGAUAAGAUCUCACGCCAGAUCCAUGGGGUGUUAUGCUGUGCUGGGAUACACAGAAAAAACAUCUAUUAGUGAGGAAAUCAUCAUCCUGUCAGCCAUGGGUACGGCUGCCAAGGUAAACCUGGCUGUCGACCAGUGCACUCCAAACGUGAAGGCGGCCAUAACACCACAAACGUCCUCACCGGCUGAGAAGGUUCUGCCCAGUAAGGAGAAGGAGAAGGAGAAAAAGUUGUUUGUGGACAUUAACCUGGCGAACCGAUCGGCUCAGAAACACCUGUCAGGCAACACUGAUGUUCUCGAGGAUGGUUCUUCAGUGUACAACUGUACCCAGUGUCACAUUCCAUACAAAGCAAGCAGUCUGCCAUUCCAGAUCAAACUCACAUCAUGUGCAGUAUGCAGACGGAAGCGAGUCCCAGAUGUGCUGUUUACAACCAUUGAUCUUCCUGAUGACUUGCAGACAUGUGGACGGGGAACCCUCAUUCAGGCCAGAAUUGUCAGACAGAAACUAAAGACAAAAGGAGAAAACAGUGCCAAAGAAGUUAGUGAUAGUCUUCCAUUUAUGGAGUAUGAACUUCACAGUCAGCUAAUGAACAAACUAAAAAUCAAAGGGAUGAAUGCUGUGUUUGGUCUGAAGGUUCAAGUCUGUGUUGGUGAAACCAUGAUGUUGUCAAUUGGGAUUGCCACAGCAGUGUUUCUUGCUCCACUUCCAUCGCCAACAGUUCCAAUAGUUACUAGUCCGGUAACGUCAGAAGUUGAGACUGCCAGGCUUAAUGAUCUGCAGAAGAAAAUUACCGAGAAAGUUCAGCAAAAUCGAGAACGUUUCCACUUGGACAAUGUGGAGAUACAAGGUCAGCCUAGUCCACGUAGCACACUGACUGAUGAAAGUGAAGACGACCAACCAGAUUUGGAUACUUCAGUUAUAAACAAAGAAAUUUUCGUACUUGAGAUAGACGAUAUUAAAGAUGAGAUGAUAAAAGAUGUUCUGCAAGACUUGUAUCCCCCAGAUGGAUUUCAAAUCUGUAAUACCCACUUUCCACCUGGUAUACCGAGAGAAAAUCUCAUCUCAAACCUGCAGAUGUUUUCCCAUGUGUGGACCGGAAGAUUUUCACCUCAGACUAGCAACAAGUCAGCAUUUUCAGAAUUGUUUCAUGGUGUGCUUAGAAAAGUAUUUUUCAAAUUACGCAAAAUGACUCCAUGUUGUUUGACAGAGGUCGACUUCAUUGUUGAAAUUCCAGAUGAGGAUGAACUACAGAUUUCCGUAACAGGCUGCUGUCUUCGUCUUGUUGAUACUAUCCCGAUAGCACAAACACUGCUCCAGUUACCCUCUGGCAAGGGAUCGGCAAAAUCCAAAACUGAGGGUGAUGAUCUUAUGUUCCCUAUGGAUUUUGAUAAUGCCCCGUCCAGUACCAGUAAAGCAAGACAGCUUACGAAGCCUGAUGUGAAGAGGUCAACUUCGCAGAUUGCACAAAAAAUAUUUCCUCAGCUUGGAUUUGGUGUGGAAUUGUCCUUACAGCCAGUGGUGACAGGUGGACAAAUUGACAAAUACCUUGGAAACUACAACUUCUUCUUUAUUCGAGAGAGCACGUCAUUAAGAGAGGAAGGUGGUUUGGGAGGCUUGAUGCAGCGUUUUAUUGCCGAGAUCCUGGCUGUCGUACGAGGAAAUGUCAUAUCUCUGGGUGGUAACGCGCUGGUCGCCUACAGGAUGACCCAGUGUGUCGUGUUCAGCAAUGCCAACAAGAACCAGUGCCAGUGUUUGAUUAAUGUGUGUGGUGAUGCAGUCAGUGCAGUGUAUGGUGCAGACAUUUCGGUUACGUCUUCGUUGAAUGAAUCACAGACGGUGACAGCAGAUACUUCAGUGGUUGAUAGCUGAGGCUCGUACCUAUCGGAUGAUGCAGUAUAAUUCUUCCUUUAUGUUUCUUCAAAGAUGAAACCGACUUUGGAUGGAAAUAAAAAAAUGGAAUCCUCUGCUGCAUCUUGAAAAGUAUUGGGUAUAUAGUGAGCUAUUUCUUCAAACAAGGACAAUAUGAACGGAGUGUCAUUGAAUGAAUGGCUCAUGUGGAUAGAUAUCGGAUCAGCAGACAUGUUAACUAGGCGGGAACAGCCCUCCCUCUGUCUGUCAUGGAGGCAUCCUCUAUAAGUGACAGAAUGUUAAAUACCGUGUCUUUAGUAUACUUGGUAUACUAGCGGCGCCUCAGUAAGGAAGAAGCAAUCAUACAGCUUAAUAAGGCUGCUUUAUUUACCUUUUAAGUUAAAGGCUUGAGCCCAGAAAUGUUUGAGUAGUGAAAAUACAAUGCCAUUUCUUUACAAAAGUGUAAAAUUCAUGACUUUAUUACACUGACAUAGUAUUACAUGUGGUCGUCAGAACAAUCGACAGCAAAAGUGCUGGGGUCUAAUUCACAAAGGUCUCUUAGGCUCUGCUAGACAAUAAAGCAUCCUCUUUGCAAGUCUUUUAGUAUUGCACAGCAAGAUCGCAAAGUUGUGAGUGUUUAGUGAAUAGGCCCAUGGUCGGAACUUUAAAGUGUCGGUUGGGCCCGAUCACGAGGGAUAGAACCCUGCUUUACUUCAUUUGACAAUUUCCACUAUGUACUAAUCAAAAUUAUACUCAGGUGAUUUUCCAGUUUUAUAUAUUAUUUAUGAAAAUCCUUGGAAUAAAAACCACAAAAUUGUGUCUAUUAUCGUGACCUGUUACUAGGGGUGCAACGAUAUGGUCAAAACCGUAUUGUGAUAUAUGAAACUGUAUUGCAAUAUAGUUGAUAUUAUUUAAAUUUAAUAUUUAUGGGUUGGGUUUUUUUUUAAUGAAAACAGAAGGCAUAAUUUUUUAAUGAUCUUUAUUAGUUUCAGCUGUCGGGCUAAAUGAUUUAGGCCAUAUUUUUAUUUUUUAACACAAUACUAGUCUACUAGAACACCGGUGUGACUGUGUCAAACUAUAAGUUGUCACAUUCGGAAAUCCUUACUACUGGGCUUUUCCGUUGCUGUUCGCUUGACACGGAAAUGUACAUUUUGAGUCGCAAUGUUACGGCAGAUCGACGGAACCAGAGCCGAAGUUAUUAACAGAGGUGUUUUGAACGAUCGGCCGAAGUAUUCCGAGUUCAGUGAAAAACAGCGAAGUGUGAUUCUCAUUUGUUGGUUUAUUUCUUUGAAGAUGAUAGCCGUAGCCGUAUUCCAACGUAAAUGAACAAUGAAU